AAGAGAGGCAAAGAACAGAGAACCGGCAAAUAGUUUCUGUACUAUAUAUAUAUGAGAACACCGCCAUAGGGUUUCUCUCCCUGCGUUGUGGUUUGGUUCUCUGUUUUGUCGGCCGACACGUCGAAGGAGGGAGGGAGAUGGCGCAGUCGCUGGAGCUGUUGUUGAUACAGUUCUUGAUGCCGGACAACGACGCGCGGCGGCAGGCGGAGGAGCAGAUAAAGCGGCUAUCCAAGGACCCGGCGGUGGUGCCCGCCCUUGUCCAUCACCUCCGUACCGCCAAGACCCCCAACGUUCGCCAGCUCGCCGCCGUCCUCCUCCGCAAGAAGAUCACCGGCCACUGGGCCAAGCUCUCCCCGUCCCUCAAGCUCUCCGUCAAGCAGGCCCUCAUCGACAGCAUUACCCUUGAGCACAGCCCUCUUGUGAGGCGAGCAAGUGCCAAUGUUGUGAGCAUCAUUGCCAAGUAUGCUGUGCCAGCUGGAGAGUGGCCUGAAUUGUUACCUUUUCUUUUCCAAUGCAGUCAAAGUUCACAAGAGGACCAUAGAGAAGUGGCCCUGAUCCUUUUCAGCUCUUUAACUGAAACAAUUGGGCCGACAUUUCAAUCCCAUUUGGCAGAUCUUCAGCCUAUUCUGCUUAAAUGCCUGCAAGAUGAGACAAGCACUCGUGUUAGAGUUGCUGCUCUGAAGGCUGUUGGAUCUUUUAUAGAGUUUAUCAAUGAUGGUGCAAAUGUAGUAAAGUUAUUUCGAGAUUUUAUUCCAAGUGUCUUAAAUGUGUCAAGGCAAUGCCUUGCUAAUGGCGAGGAAGAUGUCGCCUCUAUUGCUUUUGAAAUAUUUGAUGAGCUCAUUGAAUCUCCUGCUCCACUUCUUGGGGAUUCUGUGAGGUCCAUAGUGCAAUUUUCUCUUGAAGUUUGUUCAAGCAACAAUUUGGACUUGAACAUACGACACCAGGCAAUUCAGAUAAUUUCAUGGUUGGCAAAAUUCAAGGCUUCUUUCCUAAAGAAGCACAAGUUGGUUGUACCUAUUCUCCAAGUUAUGUGUCCUCUCCUUACAGAAACUGCCGAUGGAGAUGAUGAUUCUGAUCUUGCUGCUGAUCGAGCUGCUGCAGAGGUUAUUGAUACGAUGGCCAUAAAUAUACCUAAGCAAGUGUUUCCACCAAUUUUUGAAUUUGCUUCAUUGAACUUCCAUCAUACUAAUCCCAAGUUCCGGGAGGCUUCCGUCACAUCAUUAGGUGUUGUUUCUGAGGGUUGUUUUGAGAUGUUAAAAGAAAAGUUAGAACAUGUUUUACACAUUGUUUUGGGAGCAUUAAAGGAUCAAGAACAAAUGGUAAGAGGAGCUGCAUCAUUUGCAUUGGGCCAGUUUGCUGAACAUCUGCAGCCUGAGAUUUUGUCUCACUAUGAAAGUGUGCUUCCCUGUAUUCUGAAUGCUCUAGAGGAUCCCUCAGAUGAAGUAAAGGAAAAGUCAUACUACGCACUUGCAGCAUUUUGUGAAGACAUGGAAGAAGAAAUUCUUCCUUAUUUGGAUCCUCUAAUGGGGAGAUUAGUCAUUUCUCUACAAAACAGUCCUCGAAAUCUACAAGAGACAUGCAUGUCUGCAAUUGGUUCGGUAGCAUCUGCUGCCGAGGAGGCUUUUAUUCCAUAUGCAGAGAAAGUUCUUGAUCUAAUGAAAAAUUUUAUGGUGCUGACAAAUGAUGAGGACUUGAGAGCACGUGCCAGAGCGACUGAAUUAGUUGGAAUAGUUGCAAUGGCAGUUGGUCGAACAAGAAUGGAACCCAUACUACCUCCUUUCAUCGAGGCUGCACUUGCUGGUUUUGCAUUAGACUUCAGUGAGCUUCGGGAGUAUACUCAUGGAUUCUUUAGCAAUAUGGCUGAAAUUUUGGAUGAUGGUUUUACACAGUACCUUCAUCAUGUUGUACCUCUAGUAUUUACUUCAUGUAAUCUAGACGAUGGCUCCGCAGUAGAUAUUGAUGACUCUGAUAGUGUGGACAAUGGAUUUGGAGGUGUGUCCUCUGAUGAAGAUACAAAUGACGAACCAAGAGUUCGUAAUAUUAGUGUAAGAACUGGGGUGUUGGAUGAAAAGGCUGCAGCAACUCAAGCUAUUGGCUUGUUUGCUCUUCAUACCAAGAGCUCUUAUGCCCCUUAUAUGGAGGAGUCAUUGAGGAUUUUGGUUAGACAUGCGGGAUAUUUUCAUGAAGAUGUCAGGCUUCAAGCUAUCAUAGCUUUAAAACAUAUUUUAACUGCUAUACGGUCAAUCCCUUUGGGUCACAAUGGAGUCUCAGAAAAACAAAGGGAUGUUCUUGAUACUGUAAUGAACAUCUAUAUCAACACCAUGACCGAGGAUGAUGACAAGGAAGUUGUUGCUCAAGCAUGCAUGGGCAUGGCAGAUAUCAUGAAGGAGUGUGGAUACAUGGUUAUUGAAUCUUAUAUUCCUAGGAUUGCUGAGGCAACUCUAACGCUUCUACGUGAGGAAUCAUCAUGCCAGCAAGUAGAGUCGGACUGCGAUGCUGAUGAUGGUGAUGUUGACCAUGAUGAAGUCCUCAUGGAUGCAGUGUCAGAUCUUCUUCCUGCUUUUUCAAAGGCGAUGGGAUCUCAUUUCGAACCAGUUUUUGCUAAGUUAUUUGAUCCUUUGAUGAAAUUUGCGAAAGUUCCACACCCUUCCCAAGAUAGAACCAUGGUUGUUGCAUGCUUGGCUGAAGUUGCUCAAGAAAUGGGUGCGCCAAUUUCUACUUACGUUGAUGUAAGGAAAUUACAUGUUUUAUGUAAUAACAUUUUACAUAUUGUUUGUAUAUUUGUUGACUUUAUGAAUGAUACUAUUACUCAGAGAGUGAUGCCUUUGAUAUUGAAAGAACUUGGAUCAUCAGAGGCAACCAAUAGGAGAAAUGCUGCAUUCUGUGUUGGCGAGUUUUGCAAAAAUGGGGGUGCUGCGACACUGAAAUAUUAUGGGGAUAUUCUUCGGACUCUUUACCCAUUAUUUAACGACUCGGAAUCAGAUGAUGCGGUGUGUGAUAAUGCUGCCGGUGCAGUUGCUAGGAUGAUAAUGGUGCAACCCCAAUCUAUUCCCCUCAACCAGGUUCUACCCGUGCUUCUGAAAGCAUUGCCUCUGAAGGAGGAUUUCGAGGAGUCGAUGACUGUUUACAGUUGCAUCUGUCAUCUAAUCUUAUCUUCUAACUCGGUGAUCAUUCCUCUGGUGCCAGAAGUGGUAAAUAUUUUUGCUCAAGUUAUCGCAUCGCCUGUGGAGAGAGAAGAAGUGAAAAACCGGAUUGGCAUGGCGGUUUCUCACUUGAUUUCAGUCUAUGGUAAUCAAAUGCAGCCUGUGAUGGCUGCUCUCGCACCUGCACAUGCUAAUGCUUUGGCUGCAUACCUUAGCAAAAGGUGACAAAUAAAGAACCAUACAUACAUAGCAAAGUAAUGUUGGAGCUACUUGCGUGGAUUGCUGAUGUGGUCUUUCCCCUUUUGGCGGCUUUUCCAUAACUAUUUUUUGGUGUUAGUUAUGUAUUUAAUUAUUCUUUAUAAGUGUGAGUGUUUUUUGUUUGGUCAAUUUUACCAAUAAUCAAGUGGAGAUUUACUAUUUUUACGUGAGUUUGAUUGAAAUAUUUGUUGUCGUAUA